AUGAAAGGAACACGAACACAAAUUAAUCAUAGAAGUCUGGCAUUCAUUGUACUUAUAUCGGGUAUUGUGGGCGGUCUUCUCAUUGUUUUUUCGAUUUUAUUACUAUGCAAAUAUUGUUUAAAUCGAAGAAAUUUGAGGGAAGCCGAACAAUUAAAACUUUUAUAUGAAACAUUAAAUCAAGCAUCAUUACUUGAUCCAAAUCGUUUUUAUAGUCGUGGUAUUCGAAAAUCGUCACCACUUGAACCACGUCGAUCAAAUCCACUUGACCGAUAUUUCUUACAAGAUGAUCAAUGGCAAAUACCUAGUUCAAAACAAGUUCCAUCAGAUUAUCAUUUAUCAAGUGGUCAGUCUACACAUCAUCAAUCCUAUCAUAAUAGUCGAGAACAUAUUGGUAAUAAACAACAAGAGCUUCAUUCAUAUGGAAAUAUCGCCAAUGAUGAAGAACAAGCUUAUUUACAAGUUGAUCCACGUUGUUAUGUUCGACAAAAUUCUAAUGCAUCAUUAGUUGCACAUAGAAAAUCUGAUGCGCCACGUCUUGAAAAAGGUCGUUCUCUUAAUGUUGAUACUCGUCCAUCACCGUUAUCAACUUCCUUAUCACCUUAUCGUCAAAGUAGUUUUGAUGUUGCAUUAGCAUAUCAUUCUCAACAACAAUCAUCAACACCAACAUCUUUAGCAUCAACACAACCGGAUAUAUAUUAUACUCCACGUGGAUCAAGUCUUUCCGUUCUUGGCAAUCCAUUAUCGAAUACACCAACUGGUUCUCAACAUUUAUCUCCACCAACUCCUUCGACAAGUCGGAAAAAUUCUAUUGCACUUAUUAUCGAUAAAAAAGAUCGUACAGCAACAACAACAACACUUGAUACAUUUGGAACUCAAGCAUCUCCAGUUCGUUCGUCAAUUGCACAACGAGAACAUGAACAUUCUCGAUCAUUGGAAUAUUCUUUGCCACCAGUUGUUCCACAAUAUACAUCAUCAAAUUGUACAACAAUUGAUAAACAAUCUCGUAGUUUUGAUGCUGUUCAUCUUUUACGACCUGGUGUAAAUCGUUCUGAUGUAGUUAAUCGUCGAACAAAAUCUUAUGAAUAUGCUGAUGAUCGUCGUCCAUCAACAUCAUCUAUUGCUCCAGCACCCAUUGUAAUUAAAAUUCCGGAUAUGAGUGAAUUGGUGCAGCAAGCAGCCCAAUUAUCUCAAUUACAAAAUCGACGGCUAAGUACUAAUAUGGAAGAUUAUCAAAAUAAUACAGGUCGAAAAGAAACUCUUGUUCAACAAAUGAACUCAAAUGAUCCUGAUGAAGAUGCACGAACAGCAUCACAAGAUCUUUGGCGUUUACGUCAAUCAUAUGAACUUGAAGAACAACAACAAUUAGAUCGAACAUCACCGGAAGAACUUUCACCAGAUUUAUUAACAUCAACAUCUAUUGAUUCAGCUGGAGCUAUGCCUAUUCAUAAUAUAAAUAAUCAUAAUCCUAUAAUUAAUAAUGAUAAUAAUUCAUUAAAAUAUCAACAUCGUCGUAAAAGUUCAUCAAAUCUAUUAUUACCACCACCUGAAGUUCGUCGUCAAGCACUUCGACGUACAUUUGAAAAACGUCGUAGUUGUAUUAAUCAAUCCAAUGCACGACGUGAACAACAAUUACUUAAUAAUCAAAUUGGUUUAGAUGAUGAAAAUUUACGACAUCCUCUAACAAGUUUUUCAAGUUUAUUAAAUAAUUUUAAUUCUAAAAGUGAAAAUUCAAGUUUUGAACGAAGUCUUGAAACGGAUUUUGAUAUGCAAUCAGAUACAAGUAGUCGUGGACCAAAUGAUCAAUUUACAUCAAUUGAAUCAUCGGGUAAUGAAAAUGCAGUACCUGAUGUUUCGAAUCGUUAUGUUAAUAAUCGACGACAACCAUCACCACACAUAUCUCCACAUCAAGAUGAUAGUGGUUAUAAAUCAUUAGAAAGUCAAAAUAGUCAAAAUCGAACAUUUAGUUUAGAUUGGAUGUCAGCAGAUGGUGCUGAAAGUGUUAUUUAUAUGGGUGAAUCACGUAAACAACAAAGAAGUGUUGAUGUUAAAGAUUUAGACGAUGAUCUUGCUCAACAAGAACAAGAUCAACAAAAACUAUUAAAUUAUAAUCGACGUAGUCCAAAACUUCUUCAUACUGGUCUUCAUCAUUCCUAUCAAGAAACAUCAACAAAUCUUAUUCCACCCAGUUUAUCAAAUUCGAAUAUGAUGCAACAACGUAGUUUAUCAACAAAUAUUCCACUUGUUGAUCAUUAUAAACCAAGUCCAAUAAAUCUUUCUGUAUUAUCAAAUACAAAUCAAACUAAUAAUAAUAAUAACACUAAUAAACUUUCAACAUCUUCAUCAUUUACUCGAACUGCAAGUAAAAAACGACGAGAAUUUGGUAAAGAUAAACGACAUGCUGCAUCCAAUGUUGGUCUUCCAUAUUUAAUUGCUGAUGAACAACAAGCCACAAUUCAUCAAAUUGAUGAGACAAAUACAAAACCAUUAAUAUCAUCAUUACAUGUUCGAUAUGCUGAUCUUCGACGAACUAAAUCAGAUGGAUCAAAAAAUUCAUCACGAAAUCAUCAAGAUUCAUUUAUAAAAGAAUCUCCACCAUGUCCCAAUAAAAAUAAAUAUGAUACUCGUUUAUCAUCAAGUACUGAUGGAAUACCUGUUUCUCUAUCACCACUGAGUCCCAUGCGACAACAUCUUUCUCCAGAUCGAACAGAUAGUGAAAAUUCUCAUCAUACUCUUCAACCUUCUUCAUUUUCGGCAACACCACCUUUUAUACUUAGUCCACAAGUAGAAACGUUUCAUUCUCAACGUGGUUCAAUAUCAUCUGAUAAUCAACAAUCAUUAACUUCAUCUUCACCAACAGCGAAAACAAAAACAGCAGCAAUACAUUCUAUAAUACCAACAUAUAUAUCAAAACCUCGUUUAAAAUUUAGUAUGGUACGUGAUACAGCUAUGACUGGUUUAGGUCAUAGUUUACCUGUUUAUUCAAUGCCGAUAACAAGAGAUUAUAGUAUUGAUGAAAAAACAAAUCGUAUUGUUAAUGAAUUUCUUAUGCAUGAUCCAACAUUAGAAGGAAGGAAAACUAUUAAUGAUGAUAUUUCAUAUCGUGGUACACCAAAACGUCAUCAUCAUCGAAUACGACUAAAAACAUUUGAUGAAAGUACAAUGAUGAUGUCAACUGUAAAUAAUACACAAAAACAAUCUCAACAACAGCAACAACCUCGUUCACCAGUAAAUAAACAACGUCAUCAUGGUCCAUUACAAACAAAUAAUGUACGUAAACAUCCACAAUAUCAUUAUCCACCUGUACGUCUUCCGGAUAAUCUUGAACAAGAAGAAGGAGAUAGUAGCGAUCCAGCAUCACCAACAGUAAUAUUAACUCAACAACAAUCAAUAAAUACUACUCGACGAGAUAAUAGUAUGACAGUUGGAUCUCCAUCAAUCAUUAUUACUGGUGAUGAUAGUGGCAGUUAA